AUUUCACAAGGUCCCUCUCCGCCUACAGGAGGUGCGGCCUAGUCAGGCUUAGUUCCUGGAGACACUACGUCUAUUAUAUACACCUUUGGACUAGUACAGAGAGUUGCAGGUUGGGUUUUAUGGUGCAGAUUCACUUCCACAUUUGUCUGUGUAAAGACAGAAAUCUUCAUAAUUUACGACAGCUGAUACAGAUGAUCGCAUGAAGUGGAACAGGCGGCAUCGAUCUGCAAGUAACAGAUUAUCAUCAGCCAAUAAUUUAUCACAGACUCGAUCCUGCUGGAUUUGCAAAUAGCUUUUCAAAGGGUUGAAGAAGCACUAUUGCCAAUGUCUGUGUGUCCAUAGAAAACAAAUGUUGGUCAUUAUACUUCAUAAGUUCCAGGAGUAAAUUUAUAAGGUCAUCAUGAAAAAAUUACUGUCUGCUUUUAAGCGGCCAGACAAAGAAGAAAAGGACUCCAUACUGGAAGGAUCUGGAUCCGGGAAAUAUCAAAAGUACAUCAGCAUUAACAAUGAUGCAUCUGGUUCAAGCAGCUCUUCUGAAGGGUCCCCCACAGUCACCUGUCCAACCUGCAGAGGGAUAGGAAGGAUUCCCCGAGGCCAAGAAAGGGAGUUGGUAGCUUUGAUUCCAUACAGCGACCAGAGGCUAAAACCACGGAGAACGAAGUGUUAUGUGUGCAUUGCUGUCAUCUCCUGCUUGGUGAUCUGCGCCAUUGUUGCAGCUUUGCUGAUUCAACUGUCUGUCACUGUGGAUCAUGCCGGGGUGAAUUCAUCACUUGUUAUCCACGAUGACUCCAGUUCAACUGUGUACCUUGAAACCACAAAUAAAUUGAAUAUAACUAAUGAUAACCUGAUUGGGAUAAAAAUUCUGGAACUCAAUGUUGAGGUUCUACACAUGUCUGUUGUAGUCGGAAAUCUCAACCUGAAAGAAGAUGGAACAGUUGGCUCACGGGUAACCAACCAGCAGUUAUUUUAUACUGUGAAGAGUAAAGUUCAGGAUCCAAACACAUUUAAGGUCUGCACCUGGGACCAGAUCAGAAUUCACAACAUUCUGCUUAUUAUACAGGGCUCUCUGAAAUUCUCACACAUCGGUCACGAGGAAGAGGUACAAUUUUCUGGAUAUGAGUACCUAGACUGUCAAAAGAAUUCCACGGAUCCCCAGUGACUUUCUCCUGACUUUCUCCUGUUGCACCAAGCAGAAUUUAUAUUUCUAUAUACAUUCUGAAAAAUACCUUAGGGUCCCUGUUGUUAGGGAUCAAUCUUUCUUAUUUGCUACUACAUGUAAUUUUUUUAGAUUGACUGUGACAAUUUAAAUGAAGAGCAUUUUCUGUAUCAAUGAUUACUUACAAUCACUUAUGGGCACUAAAAUGCAUUUAAAAAACUCAUAAAAAUAUGUAAAUUAAAAUGUUCUUUUUGUUAA